AUCUACGAGUGCUCGUACAUGUGCAAGUGCUCGAAGGACUGCCCAAACCGUGCCAUCCAGCGCGGCAGCAACCUGAAGCUGACCAUCUUCCGCACGACGAGGAAGGGCUGGGGAGUAUGCACCGAGCAGCCGAUCCGCCGUGGCCAGUACAUCUGCAGGUACACAGGUGAGCUACUGACGUUCCAGGAGUCCGACACCCGCAAUACCUCCGACAUGACAUAUCUUUUCGACCUCGACAAAGAGGUGCCGAUUGGCGAGCAGCCAGAAUACACAAUUGAUGCCCGCCGCUACGGCAACGUGUCGAGGUUCUUCAACCACUCGUGCGACCCGAACCUGACUGCGUUUGCCGCGUAUGUCACGCACCUGAAUCCUAUGAUGACAGAGCUGGCGUUCUUUGCGAACUGCGAUAUCAUGCCUGGCAAGGAGCUCACUUUUGAUUAC